GAAGCAAGUAUAGACUUGAUUUUUACCAUUCAUUCAUGGAUAUAGGGCGAAGUCGUAUCACACGUCCAAUCGUUAAGCAGAAAUCAAUCAAUAUCUCUCUGCCCCGCGGAUUUAAAAAAGAAGGAAAUUGCCAGUAAGAUUGCUAUUUAAAUGUUAAGUAUGUUUUUAUUUACUUUUAUAGUGUAGAUUAAUGUGUCCGAUGAAUCGCCUUGAGACGACUUGCGUGUUGUCAUGUGAAAGCUGCAUAACAAGCAUUUUGUUUUUCUUUUCGCCCACCAGUCGACUAGUUUUGGAUUCAAUUUACUAGUGGACAUUGUGUUUAAAUUGUGUUUAAAUUGUGUUUAAAGUGUUAUCAAUCAACUGUGAGCAAUCACCCACCACAAAUUUGUUGUUUUAAACCUUGGACAUGCAGAAUCAAGACCUCAACAGUUGUCUGCAAGAAACCUACCUGGAUUUUGAGAAUUUGGAGGACGAGUUCGUCGACAGUGUUGCCUCCACAGAUCAUGCAGAAGAGAUUUUAGACAAUGCGCCCUUAACACCCUUCUCCCCCCAAACACCAUUCGGGCGCAUUAGAUCCCCUCCGUCCAUAAUCAACUACAAUACGAUUUACCCUGAAGAACUCUUUGGCUCCAGUACACCAGCGCCUAGUGUUUUGGACAACAACACAGAAAUCGAGGAGGAUCUUUUUGAUGAGAAUAACAUCAACAAUUUGAUAAAUAUUCUGAAUUUAAUGAAUGGGCAUACCCAAGACGCCCAAGAGAAUGCACCGUCAGAUAGCCAUAUGCCAGAAGAGUCUUGGUGCAAAGGUGGUUUUACUGACUCUGAAAACGAAACUUUCCAAAAGACUAACUCCUCUAGUCUGGUUUCAGGUAAGCGCAAAUGUGAAGACUUGUAUUAUAAUAAGUCCAAAAAGUUAAAAAGUGAUGACCCUGACCAUAAUACUAAUGAUCGGAUUCAGUCAAGUCAAAGGCAACACACACACUCAUCCAGCAUAUACGACUUGACUACAGAUAUUAAUGGAAAUAGCAUUCCUCCCCAGUCCAAACAGGAGGACAAAUAUGGGAACAUGUUUCUGUUCACCCAAGACUCAACACUAAAUCCUCAUCAAUCCUUUUGGAAUGACAAUCAGAUUGAAUCUACCCAUCAAUCACCAAAGAGCAAUACACAUUUGGAUGCUUUUCAGCUUCCCAUACUUGAUCCUUUCAAUGCCAACAGUAUUACCGAAAUGUCGGGAAGCAAUACUUAUUCACCAACAAGUCCCCAUACAUCUGACCAAUACCCACCACAAUCAAACAUUUAUUCAGGUCAUGAGAAUGCUGCUUCUAAGCCCAUACUAUAUAUUCCUAUCUCCAGCGUCGUGCCUUUUACACUUCAUAAUUUUGUCCCUAUAAGUGAAGCUCUUCCAAACAAUGAGGAACCCCCACUUAAAAAGCUCGAAAAGCAUCUCAACUCAAAGCCAAAGCGCGCAAGAAACAAAAAGAGUAAAUCUUCACUGGAUUCUGCAAAUCCAAAUCGCCGUAAUACAUUCGCUCCAUCAAUGAGCUGUGCAAUUCCAAGUAUCAUCGAUCAACAAGCACACAACGAUAAGUCUUUCCUCAAUGAGGGACAGAACAAAAAACAAGAAAAGCGUCGGAGAUACAGUAAAAGUAAAACAAUUCCGAACUCGUCACAGAGCCAUGAACCUUUACAUUACCAAGAAAACAUUUUUGAAGGUCCGACAACAUCUACUUCACUUUCGUCUUUCCAUGCAUCACAUUCUUUCCAAACAAGUUUCCAAAGAGUUCCUUCUAUGGCAUCUUCAUCUAGUCAUUCCAGCGUUUUUGAUGCUACGGCCACAGGGCAGCUAGAGGUUAAUCCUCCACAUCUAUUCAAAUCUACUUCCGGAGAAGUUUCCAAUGACUACGCACAAGUGCAAUGCAUUGCUGACCCCAAGUUGGAAGAGGCCAACCAGCAGGCGAUGGCUCAAAGAUCUGAAACGCCGCUGAUAAAGUAUUCAUUAAAACAAAAGAUCUUGCUGAAGAGGUGCAGUAAAGGUGAAGCAGAUAUACAAGCAGACUUCAGUCCUAGACCCAAGCCACCGCUAACAAAAGAAGAGAUUGAUAAAAACGAGCGAAGGAAGAGCUUGAACAGGGAGGCCGCAGCGAGACACAGAAAGAACAAACUCCAGCAACGCGAAGACCAAGAAAAGGAAGUGAAACUUCUCAUGGGAAAGAAUUCUGAUCUGAAAGAAACAGUUUUUUCACUUGAUCGUGAAAAAGAAGCUCUGAUCAUGAAGCUGCUUGAUAAAGGAUUUACUGAGCAAAAACUAGAGGACGUUCUUUUAGGGAUGCAGCUCAAGUCUUAGCGUACUCUUUUAAUCUAAACACAGAGCAUAUUCUGUGUAUCUUUAGACGUGAUAAGUGUAUCCCACCAUGUGACAUCAGCAGCUGUGAAUGACAUCUGUGACAUCUUCUGACAUUAUCCUAUGAGUAAGACAUCAUUUGACAUCUUCAACUGUCUAUGACAUGUUCAUCUUUGGUAUUUACAAUUAUUUAGAAAAAAAAUUUAAACCACAAAAAAAGGGUGUUUUUAUCACAGAUCAAGUCAUCUUCUACACACUCCCAACACUUUUCCAAAACACAAACAUGUACUCUCUCUCCCUCUCUUUCUCUCUACCUCUAUUUCUCACCCUCUCUCUUUCUAUAAAGUCAUAGCAUCUACGGUAUUAAAAGGUAAAGAGAUUUUUAAAACAUGAUUUUCUUUUGCUAAAUAUCAGUUUCCACAAACCACGUCAAGUCACACUAUUCAUUUAUUGAACUAUUUCUACCGUCUACAAACCACUACAAAUAUAUUGAAUCCCCUUCCCUUGUUAAUUAUACUAGUGCAGUGUUUCUAAAACUGUUUCCCACGAAACCCUACUGUUCCACUAUGCCUGAAUAGGUGUUUCAAGAUCUACUGGACUAUUAAACUAGUAAGCCACCACGUGAAUUAAUCUCUCUCAAAAAUUUAAAGUGUUUGGCUAAAUACUCAGAAUGAGCGAAGUGUUCCGUUAAGGAAAAAGUUUGGGAACCACUGUAUUUGUGUAUCCUUGUUUCUAUUCAAUUUUUUUCCCGCUCAAUAUUGUUUGUGAUUUUUGUCUAUAGUAUAUAUAUAAACAUGUUGUUAAUCGAAAAACAGUAACACAACAGAUUCAUGCAUGGGACAAGGUUUUACACAAUAGGCUUUUAAAAGUAGUGAAUACAUAAUUGACCUUUGACUGAUGUAGUCAAUCACAUCAUGAGAUUUUUCUGAGAUUAUUUUAAAAAUAAGAGAUUUAGUAGAUUCACUGUGAGCCAGUUUUCCAAAAUAAAAAAAAUGGCUUUUAGAUUUUUAAAAUUCAUUUUUAAAGUUAAUGUUUGUUAAUUUUGAAAUACAUAUGAAUUUGUUUUGUAAAUGAAUGAAACCAAGAUGUUCAAGUUGUAGGAUGUAGUUAAUAUUGUGGCAUUAUGUUCUAUAUGAUAAGAUGUACUUAUGCAGAUAAUAAUGUGUUAUGUUGUAUGCUGAAUGUAUUAUGUAUUUAAUGAUGCUGUUGAAUACACUGUUCAAGAAAAAACCUCGACUGUGCUGAUCCAAAACCUUUGGAGUUGAACAAGAAAUAAUGGCGCAUUUAUGUCGCUUUAUUGACACACGCCUUAGUAACUAAUUAUCUUGCAAAGUGUUUCUUCUCAGUCUAGUCCACAGACCAGCUCAGCUUAAUGCACAUCGGAGAAUUUUCUGAACUGAUGACUUCACUUGAGAACCAUACCAUCGCCCUUUUCAAACAGCAUUUUCUUGAACUACAUUAUUGAAAAGAUCCCUAUAUUGUAGGAAAGGGACCCGUGCAGCAAUCGUAUGGAACUAGGGCUCUUCCAUCAGUAGAUGUUUGUUUUUUUUUCAAAACCAUUUUUUUUUUCGUUUUUCUUGCCAUUUGUAAUUGGGCUCUAACAUUAUUGUUUUUGUUAUAUAUAUAUAUAAUAUAUAUUGAUUUCUUUGCAUAUAUUAGAAAUACAUCUCUAGAAGUCUUCGUUUAGGAAUAUUUUUUAAAGAAGAAAUAUUAAGCGCAUGCAAAACUCUGCUUUUAAUGUCACCAUUUAAAAUACAGCAAUCAUAAACAUAAUUAUAAACCUAAACACUCGUUUCAGGGUUCAAACGCAGGCCCUAUGUGUCUGUGAGUAUUUUAACAUGAAUGUUCGCUUCCUUCUGUUGCAUUGUUAUAUGAACUAUGUUUGGCUCUUAUGUGUUAUAUACUUGUCAUUCAGAGCUUACUGCUUUAUACAUCGGUACGAACAUAUCAAAACCAGGGAAAGAAUUUUUUUUUAAUUCAGCGGUAAUAUAUUUAUUUAAUCAUUAAGUUAAUAAGUUAUUUAAGUCUUCUUUAUUCUGGUAAGCUAAAAUACAUACAAUUAGUAGCUUUAGAUAAAAUUGUUUUGUACUAUUUGUAUUCUUUGACAUGUUUAGUUUUUCCUUUUUGUAAAAAUUAAUUCACUGGUGCCUGUAUGUGGUUGGUCUAAGUCAUGGCAUCAACAUUAAAAAGCAGGUCAAAUUUAUUUUUGUGAGCAAAAUUAUUUGUUAAAACACAGACAUGUUAUUUUAUGUCGAAAACUGAGCGUGUAUUUACAUUUGGUCAUUUUCCCAUACCUCAACCAUCGGAUGGAGCGGGUGUGGGUCUGUUUCAGUGUAGUAGCACCACAAACAGUGGUGCAGUUCUAAAAUGUGUGGGUGGCUAAUACCCCGAGAAUGGUCGUGUAAUUCAAGUCUGGAUGUGCUCAUUUAUUCAUGUAAAAAAACAACUUUUGUAAAUAUGUUAGUUUUGUAUUAUAAUGUACAUUGAUUAAGUUUUUUUAAAAAAAAAGAAACUAUCCCUCUCUAAACGUUAGUGCCAUUGAAAUCUUUCUACUAUCUUCUAGACCAGUGGUUCCCAAACUUUUUGUCUCGUAGACCCUUGGAAGUCCUCGUAGACCCCUGAGGGUCUAUAUAGACCAGUUUGGGAAUCACUGCUCUAGAUAUACUUUCAUAUAGUUCGUGUCGCGUCUUUAGUAAUACGGACACUGUGCUCCAUCUGUUUCCGUUCAUUAGCUUGGAUCCUAUAGAAGAGAUCCCAUGGUGAAGUAUUAUAUGCAUCACGGAGUCUUAAAGACUGUUUUAACGUUCUACACAGGAACAGACUAGAAGGCGUUGGUCUCCUGAUGUAUGUUUUCAAUGUAAAAUUUCACAUUUGUAUCUAUCUAUCUAUCUAUCUAUCUAUCUAUCUAUCUAUCUAUCUAUCUAUCUAUCUAUUUGUUUGUUUGUUUGUUUGUUUAUGUCUGUCUGUCUGUCAAUAUUUAUAUGUCUAUCCAUCUAUCUGUGAAUUUAUUAAAUAUGUAUGUUUAUUUAUACGUGUGUACUUGAUAAUUAUGUUCAAUGCUUGUCAUAAACUGUAUCAAUUAACUCCCCUAUGCAUUCUGUACACUCUGUACUGAUUACCGUUCUUUAUAAAGUGUUCAUUUUGCCUUUUUAAAGAUCUACUGUUUUUACACUCGCUCCCUUUUUCUAGUAGACUUGUUAUAUUGUUACUAUAGUGGCCAUAAGAUUUUAAAGUUUUUAUCAUGUUUC